CGGGCCUUUGGGCCUGUUGCGGUAGGUCGCGAAAGAUAUAUAAGAACAAGGAAGACAAAGACCGCUAUAAUCUGAGGGAGGCGUAAAAGAACAAUUUUUCGAGCUCCAGAUUCCAGACUUUGUAGCUGGAAGACCUAAGAGAACUCUUAUUUUCGCAGACCUAGGCUUACAUUUUUAACAAUAAGCUCGGAAUUACCCUAGCAAGAAGCCCUCUCAUACCUGUAAAAUGGGUAAAAGACGAGGCGGUGGUGGCGGCAGCGGGACAUGUGCAUCUAGUGUUCUCCGUCGGCAUAUAGAGUCGUGCAAGCACAAGUAUCCGACCCUUGAGGAACUUGUAGAUCAUCUGCGGUCAAACUACCCACACUAUAGUCGACAAAAGCUAAAUCCUUUAACCAGGGCAGUUAAGCGAAUGCUAGACAUCAUCAAUUCGAAAGAAGACCAAUCUAGCGAUAUCAGCCAUAGGAGGUCAAGUUCCCCAAUGGACGAAGAGGUCCAACUGUCAAAGAGAAAGAUGAAACUGAUUGACCAGAGCGAAGAAGAGAAGAUAGAGCAAUUGGAGAGGCAAUACAUUCAAAAAAGACUGAAAUUUGAAGAUGGCAGUGUGUCUUCGCAGUCUGAGACAUCCUCAUCUGAGGAAGAAGAUGAUGAUAUUUCCACAUUUGAAGAUGCAAUUUACGAGCAGAAGGUUGAGCCAAAGAUCGACUUGGUGAAAUCCAUGCUGCGGGCAACAUACAGCGCAUCAAAGGAUGCAGUAAAAUCAAAAAGGAAAAAAGCGGUUGAGGAGAAGAGUGUCGAAUUGGAGGAUGUUGGGUCUAGUAAAGUUCCUAUGCAAAUUGAUUUACUUGGAAACAAUUCAAUUUUGGGGAAGGUAGAAGAAGAAUUAAAAAUCUUACCCGGCAAGAGGGAUGGGACGAGUUUUAGUGACCUAGGUGGAAUGGCUGAGAUUGUGGAGGAAUUGAAGAUGGACGUGAUAUUUCCAAUUUUUAAUCAGCAUCUUUAUAAAUCACGUGGAGUGCGUAUGCAGUCUGGAAUUUUGUUACAUGGGCCACCAGGGUGUGGAAAAACGAAGUUGGCUGAGGCCAUAGCUUUUGAGUCUGAACUCCCUUUCUACAAAAUUUCGGCUACUGAAUUGAUCAAUGGUGUUUCAGGUGGAUCAGAAGAGAAUAUCCGAGAUCUUUUUGCAAAAGCCUACAGGACAGCACCGUCGAUUGUGUUCAUCGAUGAAAUUGAUGCUAUAGCUUCCAAAAGAGACAAUUUGCAGAGAGAAAUGGAGAAAAGAAUUGUUACACAGUUGAUGACUUCCAUGGAUGCUUCACACCGACCUGUUCAACCAGAUGGAGAAGCUUCUUCUUCGGAUAAUCCUCCUUAUGUUCUUGUGAUUGGGGCUACUAAUAGACCUGAUAGUAUUGAUCCUGCUUUAAGAAGGCCUGGAAGGUUUGAUCGCGAGAUUGCCUUGGGGGUUCCAAAUGAAGAAGCUAGGUUAGAAAUUCUUUCAGUUGUUACUCGCAGAUUUAAGCUUGAAGGUUCUUUUGACCUUUUAAAGAUAGCCCGGUCUACACCUGGUUUUGUUGGGGCUGAUUUGGAAGAACUAGCAAACGAAGCUGGAAAAUUAUCUAUGAGAAAACUCGUCAUAAACAGAAGAAAUCUAGAAUCGUCGAAAGAUAAGAACUGGUUUAAGAAAUCUUGGCAUCCCAAAGAGUCGGAAGAUGAUGGCAUAACAAUGGCAGAUUUUGAGGAAGCAGCCAAAAAGGUCCAGCCUUCAUCGAAAAGAGAAGGGUUCUCUACCAUCCCUGAAGUGAAAUGGGAAGAUGUAGGUGGGAUGGAACCAGUAAGGCAUACGUUUAUGCGUUCCAUAGUUGGCCGCAUUAAGGAUCCCGAUGAUUAUAAGGUAUUCAAUGUUGAUACGGAGAAAGGAUUUUUGCUUUAUGGACCUCCUGGCUGUGGAAAAACAUUAAUUGCAAAGGCUGUGGCUAAUGAAGCGGGGGCUAGUUUUAUACACAUUAAGGGUCCUGAACUCUUGAGUAAGUAUGUGGGAGAAAGUGAAUCGGCAGUUAGAACUAUAUUCCGCCGUGCAAGGACAUGUUCCCCGUGUAUAAUUUUCUUUGAUGAGGUGGAUGCUUUGACAACGAAACGAGGAAAUGAAGGUGGUUGGGUUGUUGAAAGACUUUUGAAUCAGUUAUUGAUAGAGCUGGAUGGUGCAGAUGAUAGAUCGGGUGUCUUUGUUAUUGCUGCAACAAAUAGACCCGAGGUCGUUGAUGCUGCUUUCUUGCGGCCUGGAAGACUAGGAAAACACCUACAUGUCGGUUUGCCUACCCCGGAAGAUCGUGGCUUGAUUCUUAAAGCGCUUGCACGAAAGAAACCUAUAGAUCCUAGUGUUGAUUUAUUGGAAGUUGGGAAGGACAAAGCUUGCGAUAAUUAUAGUGGAGCAGAUCUUCGUGCUCUUGUGAAUGAAGCAGCAAUGGCCGCAAAAGAUGAAAAAAAAGUCGACUUAGAUUUGUCCACUAUACAUAAAAGGCAUUUCGACAUAGCAUUCCAAAAGAUCUCCCCAUCAGUCUCCCGAAAGGAAACUCGAUUUUACGAUAACUGGUCAGGCGGCAACUGAUAGUUUGGACUACUUUAUUUUUGGUGACUUAUAGUUGCCGGUUUUGAUUAUAGUUUUCCUUGUUAUUGUCAUAUAAUGGAAUGAGUUUUUAUUUUAUUAUUAUUUUGAAUUGGCACUGUUUUAUGGUUUAGUAUCAAUGGAUAUUAUUAUUUUUUA